UAUUCAAAAUUUUCUAUUUCCUACGCCAUCCCAAAUCAACGUACGGCGAAGAUGUGGCCCUGAAAUUCCACCAAAACGCGGUAACUGCUUAUGUUCAGUCAACCUUACUGCUUCUUAUAACUCUGCACCAGUUUCGACUUCGCAACUACCGCUUCUUGCUAGGCUCCUCUCCCGCUCUCUCUCUCUCUCUCUCUCUCUCUAGGGUUUCAUGAUAUGUAAGCAAUUUUCUUGGCAGUCCUCUUCCGUACUCUUCCCGCUUUCCGCACGCAGGGUUACGUGCGGUAUGAAAUUCUCUCUCUUCCCUUUGCCGGAUAGCAUAGGAUUAGGUCGAUUCGAUUGAUACUCUGCUAGAAUAGAGAUGGAUCAACAGCCGCAACAUCAGCUUGGCGUCAACAAGCUCGGGAGGAAUAUACGCAAGAGCCCUCUUCACCAGCCCAAUUUACAGAGGCUUCCUCCGGCGGCGCUUAACGAGCAGCAGCAGGCCCUGCCAAAUCUGCCCAGGGUGUACAACAUCAGCAAAAGCGACUUUAGGAGCGUCGUACAGCAGCUAACCGGGAGCCCGGCAAGGGAUGCCAGUGAAGCCAGAUAUCGCCCGGCGCCGGCCCAGUUUCCGCAGCCUAAGCCCCCUAGCUCGCGGCUCAUGAAGAUCCGACCGCCGCCCCUCACUCCGAUUCCGCCACCUCCUCCUUUUCAGAACCAGAUACCGAACCCUAACUAUAAUCUCAAUCCGAAUCCUGCUUACUAUCGCCCUGCGCCAUCGCCAUCUGCUCCUGGUAGCGCUGUCUGGACUGAAUCGCCGGUCUCCGCUUACAUGAGGUACCUCGAGAGCUCUCUUCUAACGUCGGAUACUUAUCAGCCGCAGCAGCAGCCGCGCUCCCAGGGUCUUCUUCCUUUUCCUCACCCUGCAGCAACCGCAGCCGGUGCUUUCCCCUCGCCGAGAGGAAUGAUUAGCUCAUCCUCCCAGCCGCCUUCGCAGCCGGCCUUGUUGCCGUCUCCUGGAUUGCAGUUUCCGCUUCCGUCUCCGGGUUUGCAGUUUCCGCUUCUGUCUCCGGGCGCCUCGUUUCCCUUGCCAUCUCCCAACUCACAGUUUCCAUUACCGUCACCAAGCUCGUUUUUGAAUCUUCUUUCCCCGAAAUCGCCAUACCCUCUGCUUUCUCCCAGGUUUCAGUAUCCAACACCUCCCACCCCUAAUUUCUUCUAUUCACCAUUGCCCCAGUCAGGAAUAUUGGGUCCAGGUCCAGGGUUUCAGACAUUGCCUUCUCCGGGUUCUUUGUUUCCACAGUCACCCUCUGGCUCUCGUCCUUUGCUUAGUCCUAGAUGCAGGGAGAUGUAAACUAUUGGCAUUGGAUGAUGCUACGAUGGAAGAUGGUGCGUCUGACAUUCUUCUUUAUCUUCUUUAUUCCAUUUUUUUAGAUUCGAGUUUCUGUAUCAUUAGAUUUUGGACAUUGUACCCAAUGUGAUUGUGUUCUGCUUUGACCAUAGAAAAUAGAGAGGAAUAUUCCACUUGAAAGCUUAAAGAAUUAAAAAAAAAAAUGUUGUGAGUAUUGAUUUCGGGAUAGCUAGCAGUUUUUCUUUCUCUAGAAAUUAGACUAAUCUUGACGGAUUCGUGUAUGGAGGCGUCUCUGACAGGGUCUGCUCACGAAUCAAUUCAUAGCUAUUUAACUAGAAGAAUGUUUGUGUCAAAUACUUGUAUGUAACUUUAUGAUUGAACUUAUUGAUUUUAUUUUAUUGUAAAACCUUUAGAUGAUAGAAGUUUUAUCAAUUGUUUUUUCCUGAUUAACCAGCUAAUUCUUUAUU